AUGGUCGCUGUCGUCGGCAGUGAAACGACAACUAUUAGGAACAGAACACAGCACAGCCCGCAGCAGAUAAGUGCUGCCAGAGAGGCGCUGACGUCUCACAGCGGCUCUUCGGCUCCACGGCUCCACGGCCGCUGCCUCCCCGGCCGCUACCGCACCCGGUUUCUCCCCUCUGUUGUGGAGGAGAGCUUGUUUGGCCUCCCAAAACUUCAAACACCCUUGACCAUCAAACAGUCAGAGAAAUGGGGAAAGCCAGUCCUCGGGGCCAGGGAUCAGUCCCGUUCUGCCCCCCAGCAAAGGAGCCAGCCAGCAGAGACCGUCCGCAUCAUCACCAAGGACCUCAUCCGGGAUCUCAAGAUCCCAAGAGAGGAUCCAUCGGGACUGUCCAUCAUCCUAAGUGCAGCUGAGAUAAAGCGAAUCAGGUCAGCAUCCCGCGUUCUGACUGAAGAGGAGAGGGAGACCAUGAUGGAAGCCUUUCAGAAAAAGAAGGAGGAAGCCAUGUAUGCAGCAGAGGAAAGGAAGGCCCAGAUCCGUCAGGCAGACCUGUCUCGCAAAAAGAACCAGGCACUGAGUGAAUUGGAGGCAGAGGCGCAGCACCGGGCCCAGUACCUACUCGAACGGGCCAAUGCCAUAAGAAUGGAGCAAGAGGAUGAGGUCAAGAAGCUCAAUAAGUUGAUUCUGGAUGCUCAGUGCCAUACAAUGCGUGACACCCAGAUCCUUGAGAAGAGAAAGAUUCAGGCAGAGCUGUUGGAGGAGGAGAGGCGCCUGGAUGCCAUGAUGGAAGUGAACCGCCGCAAUGCCAUUGAGGCCCAGGAGCAGAUCGAUGAGCUGCGCAAACAGCAGAGGAUCUCUGGGAAGCAACAGAUUGUCGACCAGAUGGAAGAGCGUCUGGAGGAGAGGCUGUUGCAGGAUGAGCUGAAGGAACAAGAAGGACAGCAGAUUGUGAGGAACCUGGAGAGGAUACAACAGGAGGAGCUAGAGGCCCUGGAGAGGAGGCGAGAGGAGCAGAAGUGUCUGCAGCAGGAGAUCAUGCGAAUCAAUGCUGAAACCCUGCAGGCCAAGGAACGGAGGAGAGCGGAGGAGGCACUGGCUGACCUAAGAGCCAUGGAAUACACUCACAAGAAAAUGGAACGUGAGGCUGAAUUUGAAGCAGAGCAGAGACGAAUAAAGAGGGAGAAGGAGAAGGAGGUGGCCAGGCUGAGGGCCCUGCAGGAGAGAGAAAGAGACUACAAGGCAGAGCAGGAUGAGCUUCGUGCUAAGAGAAACCAGGAGGCCACAGAGAGAGAAUGGAGGAGAAAAGAGAAGGAGCGAGCAGAGAAGAAAGCACAGGAGGAUGCAAUGCUUAAAGCUGCUCGCUUGGAGCAGGUUGCCCACAAAGAGCACCUGCUGUCCAUGGAGGCCGGCCGGGAGAGGGCCGAGUUUGAGAGGGUGUUGAAGGCCCAGCAGGAGGCCAUUGCCAAGCAGAAAGCAGAGGAGGAGAAACAGCAGCAGAGAGCGCUGGGCCAUGCAGAAGCUGUCCGCCUGCAGGUGAAGGAGCGGGAGCUGAUGGCUGUGGCCAAGCGCAGGGACUUCUUCAAAGAAGGGGACCAACUGGACGAGGAAGCCCGCCACAGACGCAUCCGCCUCGACGAAAUCAAGAGGAAGAAGCUGAUGGAGCUCAAGGCUGCAGGACUGCCUGAGAAAUAUUACAGUAAAGUGGAGCGGAAGGCCUUUACCUUACCUGCUUUGAUUCACUAG